AUGCUGGCAGGAGUCCUGGUGCCAGUGCGCCUCCUGCUGGUGGAUCAGGGGAAGGCGCAGAGCUACAGCCGCCCACUGUCUCUGUGCAACGCCUUCAGUGGAGGAGUGUUCCUCGCCACGUGCUUCAACGCUCUGCUGCCCGCCGUCAGGGACAAGGUGUCGGAGGUGUGCGCGGCGCUCCAGGUAUCGUCUGAUUACCCUCUGGCCGAGACGAUGAUGAUGAUGGGUUUCUUCCUCACCGUCUUCGUGGAGCAGGCGGUCCUCACGUUCCGUAAAGAGCGCCCGUCCUUCAUCACCCUGGAGACUUUCAACGCGGGCGGCUCGGACGUAGGCAGCGACUCCGAGUGCGACACGCCCUUCAUCUCCAGCCCGCAGCACCACGGCCACGCCCACUUCGACCCGGCCCGCCUCUCCUCUGCCGGGCCGCUGCGCCUCGUGAGUCUGGUGCUCGCUCUCUCCGCUCACUCUGUGUUCGAAGGCGUGGCGCUCGGGCUGCAGGACGACGCGGCGCGGCUGGCUCGCCUCUUCGUGGGCGUGGCCGUGCACGAGACGCUAGCAGCUGUCGCGCUGGGAGUUAGCGUCGCGAAAGCCUCCAUAUCUCCGGCGGCUGCAGCAAAACUGGCCGUGACGGUGAGCCUGAUGAUUCCACUGGGGGUAGUGGUGGGAGCUAGCGUGCAGGCUGCGCAGACGUUAGCCGGGAGCAUCGCCUCGGUGCUGCUGCAGGGCGUCGCUGCCGGAACGUUCCUCUUUGUGACGUUCUUUGAGAUCUUGUGGCGUGAGCUGGAGGGGAAACAGGACCGACUGCUCAAGGUGCUGUUCCUGGUCCUGGGCUACGCCUCGCUCGCCGUGCUCGUGCUGCCGGGCCUGAGGAACCAAGCGACACCACGGAACAUCCAGUCUCAGUGUGUGUUGGUGUCCUCGGGGGACAUGGACGAGCUGCUGUUGGCGAGUGCGGAGGAGGAUUCGCGGUCGGCGGACAGCGUGCCGUUCGGGCCAGAGCCUGUUGCAGGGCCUCGCGGCUUCGGGGUGAAGAGGUUACCAUGGCGACCGGGAGCGCGGGAGCUACGGAAGAUACGUGACUUCUUCAAACGCAACGGGCUCCUCACGCUGUCGGUGAUCGCCGUCAUCACAGGCUGCACUCUGGGCUUCGUGCUGCGAGGAACUCAGCUGUCCACACAGGCUAAGAUCUACUUCUCGUUCCCUGGAGAGCUGCUGAUGCGGAUGCUGAAGAUGCUGAUCCUGCCCCUCAUCACCUCCAGUCUGAUGUCGGGUCUGUCUUCCAUGGAGUCCAAAGCCUGCUGCCGGAUGGGCGUACUCACCGUCACCUACUACCUGUGGACCACGUUCAUCGCGGUGGUGGUCGGCAUCGCGCUGGUGCUGAUCGUGAAGCCGGGCGUGGGAACCGAGAUGGAGAGCAACCGCCUCGGAGGAGGACCGGUGAUGACGUCUGCGGACGCCCUGCUGGACCUCAUCAGAAACAUGGUUCCUUCAAACCUGGUGGAGGCAACGUUUCAGCAGUACAAGACGGACCUGCUGCCCAUCCUCAAAGUGCCCACUCGGACGGUGCAGCCCAGCUUUGUGUAUGUGAUCCCAGGAGAGGGCGCCCCUAGUGGCAGAACAGUGUACCUGGAGCUGACCCCGCCCCCAGAGGUGCACUACAAGACCAGCCCCGGCACCAGCCAGCAGAUGAACGUGCUCGGGAUCGUCAUCUUCUCUGCCACCAUGGGUCUUCUGUUGGGGCGUAUGGGAGAGAGAGGAGCCCCGCUGGUGAACGUGUGUCAGUGCAUCAACGAGUGCGUCAUGAAGAUCAUCAACGCCGCCGUCUGGUACUUCCCGUUCGGCAUCAUCUUCCUGGUGGCGGGGAAGAUCCUGGACAUGGCCGACCCGAGCACGCUGGGGAAGAAGCUGGGCUGGUACGGCAUCACGGUGCUCGCUGGUCUCUUCGUUCAUGGUCUCAUCCUGCUCCCGCUCUUCUACUUCAUCCUCACUCACAAAAACCCCUUCAAGUACAUCCGAGGUCUGCUGCAGGCCAUGGUGAUCGCCCUGGCAACCUCCUCCAGCUCGGCCACUCUCCCCAUCACGAUGAAGUGUCUCCUGGAGAACUGUCACGUGGACCGGCAGAUCGCUCGCUUCGUGCUCCCGGUCGGCGCCACCAUCAACAUGGACGGCACAGCGCUGUACGAGGCGGUGGCGGCCAUCUUUAUCGCUCAGGUCAACGACUACGAGCUGGACUUCGGCCAACUGGUCACCAUCAGCAUCACGGCGACGGCGGCGAGCAUCGGAGCCGCCGGGAUCCCGCAGGCCGGACUGGUUACCAUGGUGAUCGUCCUCACAUCGGUCGGACUUCCCCCUGAUGACAUCACUCUGAUCGUGGCCAUCGACUGGAUCCUGGAUCGUUUCAGGACCAUGAUAAACGUCCUCGGUGACGCUCUCGCCGCAGGGAUCAUAGCUCAUCUCUGCAAGAAGGACUUUCCCCGCGAAGAAAAUGGAAAGGGAGUCCCUUCGUACGGCUCGACUGACGCUCACUGUGGCAGUGUGAACGUCCCCAUGACAGAACUACACACACACAAAGACUGUUUGUACGAAGACUCAGUCAGUGAGAGACACACGGUCUACUACAACAUCUGCCAAGUCUGA